AUGGUGCUCCUUGCCAUCAACAUGUUCGCACUUGUUGUUCGGCUCUAUCACAUCCAGUAUCCAUCCUCGGUCGUCUUUGACGAGGUGCACUUCGGUGGCUUUGCAACAAAGUACAUUAAAGGCGCCUUCUUCAUGGAUGUACACCCACCGCUUGCCAAGAUGUUGUUUGCUCUGGAUGGAUGGCUCGCCGGUUUCAAGGGGGACUUUGAUUUCAAGGAUAUCGGCAUGGACUAUCUCGAGCCAGGCGUACCCUAUGUCGCUAUGCGUAUGAUGCCUGCGUUGCUCGGUAUCGGACUUGUCAAUACGACCUUCCUCACUUUACGAGCAAGUGGCUGUUCGCCGCUCACUUCCAUGAUGGCGGCCUUCAUGGUGACGUUUGAGAAUGCGCUCUUGACGAAUGCACGACUCAUUCUCCUCGACUCACCGCUCAUCACAUUCACUGGCCUGACUGCUCUUGCCUUCCAAAAGUUUAGCUACCUCGAUGAGCAGUCUGCAAAGCAAUUGUCUGGUAAAUGGUGGCUUUGGCUCACUCUCACAGGGCUUUUCCUCGGUGCAACGGUCUCCGUCAAGUGGGUUGGUCUCUUUACGAUUGCAUGGGUAGGUACCAUGACACUCUUCCAACUCUUCACCAACCUCGGCAACCUUCACAUCCCACUUCCCAAAUUUGGCAAGACUUUUGCAGCGCGUGUGUUGUGCUUGAUUGUAUUGCCGAUUCUCUUCUACAUGGCCAUGUUUGCCAUUCACUUCAAAUGCCUCGUCAAUCCCGGUGAAGGCGAUGGCUUCAUGUCUUCCGAAUUCCAAUCGACCUUGAAUGGCAAAGCCAAAGAUCCCACCAUGGCACCCGUCUUUCUCGGCAGUAGAGUCACCAUCAAGCACUGGAACACACAAGGUGGUUACCUCCACUCACAUGCGCACAACUAUCCAGCUGGCUCGAAACAACAACAAAUCACUCUCUACCCACACCGUGACGCCAAUAAUGACUGGACUCUCCUCAAUGAGACAUCCGUUGUGGAUCCCUUGGUGGGAGAACCCAUCCGUGUGCAGGAUGGUAUGAUUCUCAAACUCUGGCAUCCUGUCACCAAGAAACGCCUUCACUCGCAUGAUGUCAAGCCCAUCGUCACCGAAGUCGAUUGGCAAAAUGAAGUCUCCGCAUAUGGAUUUGACGGAUUUGACGGUGAUGCGAAUGAUUACUUCAAACUCGAAAUUGUCCCUGAGUACACGGAAGCCGGUGAAGCGCGUGUCAAUUUGACAGCCAUUCGAUCGCGUUUCCGAUUGAUUCACGUCAUGACGGGUGGUGCACUGUUUUCGCAUAAAGUCAAGUUACCUGCAUGGGGAUUUGAGCAGCAAGAAGUCACAUGCAACAAGCAAGGCACAAUCCCGAACAGUAUUUGGUACAUUGAAACCAAUGAGCAUGAGAAUGCACCUGCAGACGCACCCAUUUUGACCUACAAGAAUCCUGGCUUCUUUGGUAAAUUCUGGGAACUCAACAAGGUCAUGUGGACCACCAAUGCUGGCUUGGUUGAGUCGCAUAAUUGGGAUUCAAGGCCGACUGCUUGGCCUGUUUUGUCGAGGGGUAUCAAUUUCUGGGGCAAAGACAUGCAUCAUGUCUACCUCAUUGGCAAUGCAUUCGUGUGGGCACUCGCUACCGGUGGUAUUCUCGCAUACUUUGCAUUCAAGGCAUUGCUUGUCUUGCGUUGGCAGCGUGGAUACAAGGACUACACCACAGUUCGUGACCUCUUUGGCUAUGAUUUGCGUACUGCCACAUUUGUCCUUGGUUGGGCCUUCCACUACCUCCCCUUCUUCCUCAUGGAACGACAACUCUUCCUUCAUCACUACUUCCCAGCCCUCUACUUCUCCAUCCUUGCCUUUGCGCAACUCUUUGAUUUCGGUGCAAAACGCGUCACUGCGAAUCUCGUCUUGCCUGUUUCGCUCGGCAUUAUCGUUGCUAGUGUUGCUGUAUUCUACAAUUUCGCACCGUUGGCAUAUGGCUUACAAUGGACAAAAUCAGAAUGUGAAGCAGCACAAUGGCGAUCUACAUGGGACUUUGAUUGUGGAACAUACCCAGAGACGUAUGAAGCGUACUACAACGGAGCACAGCAGACGAGUGUUGCUGCUGCGAAAGUGAGUCCUGCUCCUGCUGCAGCUGCACCAGUUGAGAAUGUUGUGCCUGUAGAAGAAGUUCCUGUGGAUACGCACAUUGCUGAACCUGAAGCAGAUCCUGUGCCAUCACCAAAAGCAGAACGACCACAGCCGCCGAGCAUGAUUAAUGGUCAAAGCGUCUCUUACUCGACCUCACAACAAACCAUUUAUCAGGAUGAGCAAGGCAAUAUCUUGGAUCCUGAAGCUGUCAAGAAGAUGCAGAAUGUGCAGUUUGUGACACGGUAUGAUACGAUUAUGGGUGAUCAACCAUUACCAGCCAGUGUCUCUGCUGCAGCUGCAAAGCUAGCCAUUGAAAAAGUACAAGGUGAAUUGGCACAGCGAGAGGCGAAUACAAAAGUGGAGCCCGGAGAGGAAGAUCCUGUGGGUGGUGAGGAUUCUGGCAGACGUGCUCCUGCUGCUGCAAAGGUAGAGUUGUAG